AUGCGCUCUUCGCUUGAGGGUCACGCGAAACCGCAUUACACGUUUCUCUCCUCCACCAAACUGAGAAAAACAACAGCAGCGCUCCGUCACGCGUGGGAGCCAACUACUCCGGGAUUACUUUCAUCAUCCCCACGGCGGAGGGACACAGCGGUGGGAUGGGUUGUGAAGUGUCCAAGAUGGCGGCGCCCUGUGGAGUGGAGCCACUAUAACAGUGGUGCCUGCAGACUGUAG